AUGCCCAGAACGCUGAGGGAUGUUUUGGCCACCCUCACCUGCCUCCAGCUCCUUCUGCCCCUCGCCGCCGUGGAUUCCCUGCCCCUCACGUGGGACCAGGACAGGCUCCAGCUGGAAGCCGUCAAAAAGGGGAUCCUGGAGCGGCUGGGAAUGCCGGCUCCCCCCGUCAUCCGGCACCAGCCGGACCAGGAGAGCAUCCAGAGAGCGCAGCGGCUCUACCAGCAGAAAGUGGCAGAGCUGGCAGGGAACUGGAGCCGGGAAGAGGAGGAGGAGGAGGAAUCCAUGUCCAGGACCCGGCGUUUGCACCGCCUGACCCCCACCCUGCUGCGCUGGCCGGACAUCCCGCAGGGAAACGGGGACUCCCAGGGACACCAGGACCCCCGCGGUCCCUACCGCUACCACCUCCUGCUCUCCCGCACCGAGGAAUUCCAGCGGCAGCUCCGGGUGGUCCAGGCGGAGCUGAAGCUCUUCAAGCGGUCGCCGGCGCCCCCCGAGAUGUCCCCGCGCGGCGCCUCGGUGCCCCCCCGGGUCACCGUCUACGCCCUGCAGGGGGACGAGGAGACCCCCCAGGUCGUGCAGAGCCAAGAGCUGGACCCCGAUUCCCGGAGCCUGGAUGUGACAGCAGCCAUCCAGCCCUGGGUGGCCGGUCCUGAGGCCACGCUGCGCCUGGAGCUGGACUUCACAGCCAACGUCUCGGCCGCACUGGCCACCUCAGAGGGGGAGACGCUGGUGCUGGAGGUGGAAACCCGGGAGAACACGGCUCGGGGGGCCAGGAGAGCCCGGGGGCUGGAGGAGGAGUGCGGGAAGAGCGAUGGGAAGUGCUGCCUGAAGUCGCUGAAGGUCUCCUUCCAGGACAUCGGCUGGUCGGACUGGGUCAUCGCCCCCCACAGCUACUACAUGAGGUUCUGCGAGGGUUCCUGCCCCCACAACUACAAGCCGGCCAACAUGCACGCCCAGAUCAAAUCCCGGGUGCAUUCCCUGUCCAAGGCCACCCCCCCUCCCUGCUGUGUCCCUGCUGGGUACGACCCCAUGGUGCUGAUGCACUACGACGGCGAGGGCAGGCUGGUCUCCAGUGUCUUCGAGGACAUGCUGGUCACCGGGUGCCACUGUGCCUGAUGGCAUCGCCGGUGCCUCCAACUGGGAUGUGUCACUGCCCAGGUGAGGCCUCCUGGCAGCUCCA